AUGCCAAUUGAACCAAUAAAAGAUCCUUCUAUAAAGAUAAAACCAAAUAAGAAAUUAAUAGAAUUCAUUUGUAAAAAUGUGAAGAAAACAAAUAGUACUCCACCUGCUAUUCUUGCUUUAAAAAAGUCACAUAAAGAUAAGCAACAAGAUAUUUUAUUAAAAUUGGAUGAAUUAAAAUGGUUGAACGAGUAUUUAGAAACAUACAGAACCGUCAACAUGGAAAGUAUUUAUUUACAUGAACUUUUAGAAGAAGAUGAUAUCAAAUUACCAACUCCAAUAAUUACACCAAGAAACCCUGAAUUGGAAGCAAGAACACAAAAAUUGAGAGCACAACAAGAUGCUAUUAGAUAUAAAGCUAUGACCAAAAAUGUAGAUACUACUACAAUGCAACUACCAGAAGACAGUAUUUCUUACCAAAUGAAGCAGAUAAAUAAGCAGCUUAUAGCUGUUGCACAGUUUGUGUUUUCUGUGCUGGCAGGUUUUGCAUUUGGAUUCAUAGGUGUGGAGUUGAUAGUAGGACAUUUAGACUUUGGAUUUAGGUUGUUAUUAGGUAUAAUUUGUGCAUUGAUUAUAGCCUUAGCUGAAAUUUAUUUCUUAGCAAUUAAAUUGAAUGAAAAUGAAUAUGAUGCUGCUUCAGCAGCAUCAGAGCCUAAGAAAUUGCAUCAAGAAUAA